AUGUUCAAUAUAAUCAAGGGUUUUGAUGCUCAAGCAGCAUCAAACUAUAUCAACCCGUAUGCUGUGGAUGUGAUCCGGACAAAGAGAAGGGAUCUGGUUUAUGGGAUCUCACAUACUGAGGAUCUACUGGAUCUACUGGUCACAGAGGGGGUCAUGACAGCAGCCAAGAGAUCCAUCAUUUUGACCAUCAGGACUCGCAAAGAUCAGAAUUCCAGGGUCCUUGACAUCAUGGAGGCCAGAGGUGAGAGGGCAUGUCGGAAGUUUUUCCAUCCCUGUCUUAUGUUGACAGAGCCCAACAUUUACCUGCAAAUCAAGACCUAUUUGGGGAAUGUGAACGAACAUAUUAGAGACACAAGCAGACAACUGAUUGGAUAUUUGCUGGAGAGGGAAAAGGAGGGAACGGCAGGAAUUGCCACCCAGACUCAUAAGAAGACUAGUAGUUUAUUUCCCAUUGAAAAAACUAAAAGAUUUAGCCUUGAGAUUGAAGACAGCAGCACUGUGCCUCUGGAGAAUGAGGCGCCACAAUGUAAACCAGAAAACCACAUUCACAGGGUUGCUACAGAUGGAGAGCAGGUACUGCUGGAAGAGCUGUUAGAAGAAGAAACUAAUAUUAACAUUGUCAGUUCUUCCAAUGAGACUCUUUUACAUGUAGCUGCUAAGCACGGGCAUCUAUCCAUCAUUGAGCUUUUGACCCGUAAAGGAGCCAGACUGGAGCUGCAGGAUAAUAAUGGUCACACAGCUCUUCACAGUGCAGCCAGCUGGGGUCACACAGACAUAGUCAGGGCCCUCUUAAAGGCUGGUGCCUCCAUCUACACUUUGGAUCUCCACAACAAAACUCCCAUUCACCUGGCAGCAGAAAAUGAGCACCUGGAUUCUGUGAAAGUGCUGGUGAAGGAGGAGGCCAAGCAGUCUGACAGCCACACACAGGACAUGUUUCUCCACAUGGCAGCCACAGAAGACAAUUGGAGGCUGGCUGAGUUGCUGCUGCAGACUGGGGCCGCUGUUGAUGCCAGAAACAACUUUAACAAAACAGCUCUGUUUUAUGCAGUUGCUAGGAGCAAUGAGAAAACCGCGAGUGUCCUCUUAAAGUCAGGAGCUAAAGUUGACUAUGACAUUAUAAAUGAAGCCAUUAAGCUCAACCAAGAAUCAAUUCUCCGCCUGCUGCUUGCUAAUGCCAAAGAGGUUCUGAGUGAGGAAGCACUGGGCUCUGCUCUCUUCUCAGCUGUUAGACAGAACCAUGAUAGAGUGGUAAAUGCUCUGAUAGACAGCGGAGCAAAUCUGAACCUGUGUGACAAACAGGGAUACACUCCUGUCCUGUUGUCGGCUGAGCUGGGACACACUGAAGUCCUCAGAGUGCUAGUAGCAAAACAGGCCAAACUGGUUGCUACUUUACCUGACCUCUCCUCAGCCUUGCACCUGGCUGUUCACAGUGGCAGUGUGCCCAUAGUGCAGAUAUUGCUAGAAAAGGGAUUAGACUCCAAUAUCACCGGACCUAAAGCUCUAACCCCUCUACACCUGGCUGCUCAGUGUAAUAGAUCAAACUUAGUCGGUCUGUUGGUAAAAGCUGGAGCACAGGUAAAUGCAGUUGCCCAGGACGGACUGACCCCUCUGCAUUUAGCCAGUCAGCAGGGCCAUGCAGACGCAGUGAUCCAGCUUCUUCGAGACAAGGCAGAUCCAGGAGUGAAGGACAGGCUGGGGAGGACAGCUCUGCACUGGGCAGCCUCUUCCCAGGGAGAGAGCAGUGUGGUGGAUUUGCUGCUGUCAGCCAAAGCCAACCCAAGCACCACUGACAAUGAGAAAAGAACUGCCCUCCACCUGGCUGCUAUGGAGGGGAAAUUAGACGCUGUGACUUCACUGUUGUCCCACAAGGCAAAGGGAGGGGCCAAAGACAUGGAUGGCUCCACAGCUCUACAUUACUCAGCAGCUGGUGGGCAUGCCAGCGUGGUUUCAGCUCUUCUACAGUCACUCAACAGUAAGGGGAGGGAGGAGAGGAAUGCAUGGAGGAAAACAGUGCUUCAUGUUGCAGCUGAGAAGGGCCAUGACAGUGUGGCUGUGCUGCUGCUGGAGGCGGGGGCAAAGAUCAACACAACAGAUCACAGUAAAGACACUCCUCUGCACUGUGCUGCCAGAGGUGGACACCAGGAGGUAGUAAAGACGCUUGUAAACUGGGGCCAAGCUGGGCACAUGGGACGGAAGAAAGGGGUGAAUUUGCAGGCUACAAAUAAUGUGGGGAAGACACCACUGCAGGUGGCGGAGAGUGGAGACACACCAGAACAUGAGAACAUUGCAACUUUACUCAAGAGAAAGAUGCUUCUCACCAAGUAGAGGGAGAGAAGUUAAGAGAAAAUGUCAGGAGCUGAAAAGUUAGCUUAAUGAUCGUGAUAUUACCAAUCAUAACCUGUGAAGAUAUGCUCCUUUUGCAUAAAUUACCUGACAGAUAAAAAAAAAUUAAGAUAAAAACAAAAUUCAUUUAAAACAGCAAGUAUGUAGCAAUGACACAUAAUUCCCCAUGUCUAAACUAUCCAUACUACUGAAGUGUUCUCGAACGCCAGUUCUGAAAUAGACUUCCCUGAAAGGGUACAACAAGGAAACAAGUAUUUUGUCUUUAGAUCAGUAUCGCAUUCAAAGAUUUCAAGUCAGAAAUAUGUCUUCUUAAUGUGAAUUAGCCAUCAAGCUUAGAUGAAAAGAAAGAAUCUGGUUUGUAAUGUGUGCAUAAUGUUGAAAAUGAAUUUUACUUUGGUUGCUGUGUGCCGACUUCUUUUUAGCCGGAAAAAUGUGGUUAAAGAUGCACAAAACAUUUUACUUAUCAUCUAUAUAACAAUCUGCAAAGGUGCUAGUUGUGAUGACUAUGGUCUGAUGACGGCUGGUGAUGCACGUCAGGUUUCCAAUGAAGUCUUUCUUUCGGUAUGGUUGUUGAAAAAAAAGAUCAAAAUGCUACGUGACUGACACCAAAACUACGUGAGACUCCCCCACACCACGACCAUCACAUCACUUCUGCAUUCUAUGAAUCAGUCUACGUAUAUCAGAAAAUGCAAGAUCAUAGGCCAACAUCGGCCUUAUAUAAUAUGCCCCUGAUUAGGGAGUUGGGUGGAGGUGUCAGGCCUGGGUCUGCACUCACUAGCACUACACAUAAUACUACAGUUAUUAAUUUACACUAGAGCAGCAUUCCCCACCACACAUAAUAGAAAGCCUAACCCUAACCCUAACCCUUACUCAGACUAUUUACACUACACCAACACUAUUUUAAUAUAUUAAACCCAUAUCUGUCAGCUUAUUUUCCACAUCAGAAACUAUGUCUAUGAUAAGAAACUCAGAAUUUACAUUUGAAGAGAAGAAUUCAUCUGUUGCAACUGGCCUGAUGCCUGUAGACAGUUGCACUGGUCUCCUGGGACAGUUGCAACAUGUAUAUGUUUUACAUACAAUGUACAGUAUUUAUGAAAAUCACAGUUCAUUUGUUUUGUUUGUACAUAGACAAGGCCUGUCCUAUGUGACAACGUUGCUGGGCUUUCAAAUGAUUAAAAAAAACUGGAGCUGGAAUAUUAUUUUUUUCAAAGACCUCAAAAAGUUCAAAACAAAGCAAAAUUCUGGAUAACUUCAUUUUAUCUUUUCAUAUUUCAUUUUUCAUUUCAUUUCAAGUUUUGUUUAACUAAUUUGACAAAAUAGGCCACCACAUACGCACAAGUUUCCUCACAUGGCAUGCUGUCCACGAUGCUGACAAAAAUAUGCCUAUAACUUCUCAUGACCUAGAAACAAGUCACAAAGCUAGGAUGUAACCAUGGUUAAACCACGUGACCACACUGUUCUCAUGAAGCUCAUUGGAGCAGCAGAGAGUACGUUUUUCAACCACACCAGUCCAUAGCAAUAUUUUGACUGAUCGUUUUACACAAGGAGGAAAUGAUUGCACCUUUAAAACAGCGUCAAUAUUUAUUUAUCCAUAAGGUUCAUCAGGAUGUAAUGUACCUUUUGUUGUUGUACCUGUUUUUGUAUGACUGUUGAGUAUGGAGACAGUUGCAAUAUAAUAAAAUAGACCAACAUGCAACAUGAUGCAACUGUCCCUGCUCCCACCAGCCAUGAUGAAAGUGAUUAAAGUGAUGAUUAAAAUGA